GAAUGCAUUAUAAUAAACCGUUUUACUGACUUCCAUCGGCUAUUUAUAUGUAUUAGCAUUUGGUCCUGUAAUAAAAGUUUGUCCAACCCCAGUAAAAACCACUAAAUUUGGAUUAAAAUUGACUUAUGUUGGAGAAAAGUUACCCCUCCUCCGUCCCAAUCGUCGGCGUCGCCGGUUCCCCCCCUCCUCUUCUCCGCGGACCCCGCGGCCGGUUGUGUGGAGCGCGCACGCGUGCCAAGCUGCGUGGGAAUGGCUGUUGAUGCGAUGGAGGGGGUUGGGCCGCGCGCAGGCAGCCGAGCGAGCGAGCGCUGCACGAGUUCCUAAUGUCCGCCAUGUUGGCCAUGGCGCAUUGAACCGGGGAGGGUGAGCGGAGCGCCAGAGGAAAGCACACCGACACACAGCCGCCGAGACGCGGGCCCGCCCGGCUCUGCUCGCGUCACUACGCACCCCAGCCAAGCCCCGAUCGAGCGGCCCGCUCAAAGAGACCGUCCCGGAUCCAUCAAUGAGAACUAGAGGCAGAAUUCCUCGCAGAUAGACUAGAUUAAUGCUGCAUUUGCUAAUAUAAGUGUUAAAAAAUGAAUAAAUUGUCGUUUCGGGCGCGGGCGCUGGAUGCUAGUAAGCCCCUGCCCGUCUUCCGCUGCGAGGAUUUACCGGACUUGCACGAAUAUGCUUCGAUCAACCGGGCAGUGCCGCAGAUGCCGACCGGGAUGGAAAAGGAGGAGGAAUCGGAGCACCAUCUCCAACGGGCCAUCUCGGCGCAGCAGGUCUACGGCGAGAAGCGGGACAACAUGGUCAUCCCCGUGCCCGAGGCCGAACGCAACAUCACGCACUACGAAUCGCUCUACCCCGGGGAGUUCAAAAUGCCAAAGCAGCUUAUUCACAUACAGCCUUUCGGUUUGGAUACGGAGCAGCCAGACUACGACCUCGAUUCGGGGGACGAGACUUUUGUGAAUAAGCUAAAGAAGAAAAUGGAAAUCACAGCACUGCAGUUUGAAGAGAUGAUCGACCGCCUGGAGAAAGGCAGCGGACAGCAGUUUGUCAGUCUCCAAGAGGCCAAGCUGCUGCUGAAGGAGGACGACGAACUGAUCAAGGAGGUGUUUGACUACUGGAGCCGCAAGCGGAAGACGUGCAAGUUUGGAACCUUCGUCUCCAACAUCAAGCAGGAAAAACGGGACGGCUCGAGCACCAGCGACCCCUACGUGGCCUUUCGCAGACGGACGGAGAAGAUGCAGACUCGGAAGAACCGUAAGAAUGACGAGGCGUCAUACGAGAAGAUGCUGAAGCUUCGCAGGGACCUGAGCCGCGCCGUCACCAUCCUGGAGAUGAUCAAGAGGAGGGAGAAGAGCAAGCGGGAAAUGCUGCACCUCACGCUGGAGGUUGUAGAGAAGCGAAACACCAUGCCUGACUUUGGCAGCGAGGUGAUGGCAGAGGCGCUGGCCCAGCAGGCUCUGGUGAAGCCCGUCUACACCAUCCCCAUUAUUCCCAGUGCCAACCAGUACCGACACCAGGACCACUUGGACAUGAAGGACUACAAGAAGCAGGAGAAGACGGAGGUUGUGCGAACCAAAAGGAAGUAUGAAAAGAAGCCCAAGAUCCCCCCUCAGUCAGCGCCCCAUCACGCGGGACCCUCAGUGUUCAAUCUCAAGGACCUCAACCAGUAUGACUUUCCCAGCUCUGACGACGAACCCUUCUCACAGAUUCAUUCAGGUUCUUCAGAGGCAGAAGAGGAGAAUGACCCAGAUGGUUGCUACGCAUUUAGGAGGAAGGCCGGCUGCCAUUAUUACGCUUCGAGUCCCGGCCAGAGCGGCAGCUGGCCGUGGGUCAGCCCGCUGGAGGGCGGCCUGGGUCACCCGCGCUUCCGUUACUGUCUGACCUCCCUAAACACGCCGCAGCGCUGCGUGGGUCUGGCGCGACGCCGCGUGGGCCGAGGGGGCAGGUUCUUGUUGGAUCGGGCGCACGCCGACCUCGACGCCGUCUGUCAGUACUUGGACUCGGACCCGCAGCUCGACUCGCUCUCCUCGCCGCUUCCAAGCUCGCCACUCCGCAACUCCAGUACCUCAGAAACCAAUACCUCGGACCCCACCGGCUCCUCCCGCCCGCUUCCCUCCUCUUCUUCCUCCUCCUCCUCAUCGUCUUUGUCGUCCACCGUGACCAUGGACCUCAAUCGGAUUCUUUUGAACAUAAAAUCAUGCCGCUGGAGGCAUUUCCGACCACGGACGCUAUCCCAGCACGCUUUGGGCACGGGGGUCUCAUCUCUUAAAGGAUUUGGGGAUUUUAGUCGGGCCAUAUCGGGACUAACGCGGAACCUGUCUGGAGGAUCCUUCCCACAGAACCGCACUGGUCCGGCUGUUCCUGUCAAAAUGUUCACGGCGGAGCAGUACCAGCAGCACCAAGAGCAGCUGGCCGUCAUGCAGAAGCAGCAGCUGGAGCAGAGCCAACAUCAGCAGCAACACAAAAAGGAGCAACAGCAGCAACAACAGCAGCAACAGCGACUCAAGGAGCAAAAGGAGCAGCAGCGGCAACAAAUCCAACACGCCUACAACUCCCUGAGCGGGGCCGGCCCGCUCAUCAGUCAGGUUCUGGUGUCCAAGACCUUGGACCAGGCCAGCGCUCAGUUUGCGGCUUCGGCCCUGGUCACCGCCGACCAGCUCUUGACCUUCAAGUCCAAAGAGGAGCUGGUGCUGACCAGCGGAGUUAACGGCGUAAUGGGAGCAGGUGUCUUGAAAGGUUUGCAUCUGUCCGGCACGGCCACAGCGCUUCACCCCAGCCACCCGUCGCCCACUGCGGCCGCCCCCGCUUUCCUGCAGCCUCCGGCCGCGCCUCCGCCCACCGCCAACGCCGUCCCCCUCUCCCUGGCGGCCGCCCCGGGCAACCACGCGGCGCUGGGCCUGCUGGGAUGCGCCCCGGCCGGCGCCGCCCCCGCCGCCGCCACUCAGGUCCUCAUCGGGAACAACAUCUGUCUGAGCGUUCCGUCGACCGGCAACCUGGCAGGGCGCCAUCUGCCGCGCGCCCUGGCCGGCGUGCCGCCCUCUGCCUUAAAACUGUCCGCCGCCACCACCCUGCAGAAGCCCAAAGUCCCUGCCACACCGUCACUGGACAUCAACUCCAGGGAGAAGCGCGAGGAGGACAAAUCGUCUCUGAACAACAUCGUCGACAACACAGUGGCCAUGGAAGUGACGUAAUGGCGGCGGAGGGCAGCCGAAUCGAUUUGAGUUUUCAGGUGCUGUGCAUCGUAGCGUCGAGGGGUGGGGGGGGGUCAAAAAGGGACUGCCAGGAUGACAGGCAGAUCACCACGUCGUCCUUUUUAAAAACGUGUUUUGUUCUUUUUGUUACCUUUCAGAGACAUGCGUGGUGUACAUUGUGCAUAUGUGUACAGUAAGGACUUAUUUGUACAUACCACUUGAAUACACAACUGUCCGUUUGUGAUGUUUUGCACUUGGGAGCGUAAAAGAGAAUGGAAAAAAAAAAGUACGGUGUGUUUGUGUGUGUGUCUGUGUGUGGGAGUUGUAUAGAGACGUUUUAUCACAUGCAUGGUGCGAGAUGCUGCUUUUGAUCUAUUUAUUGUGCCGUGUUUACACUUUUUUUUUUUUUUGGUGGGGGUGGAGGACUCUUAUUUGUACACUGUACUUUUGUUCGCUUCCUGUGCUCUUAUACAUGUCAGCUGGCCGCAGCCUCCCGUGUGUCUUUCUUACGUUGUCAACCCCAACCUGUCGGAAGGAAAAGAUGGCGGCGGCGGUGUCGGAUGUGCUGAACGGCGCCUAUUCAAACCGGGAUGACGUCUCUUCCCAGAAGCCUUUGCUGCUUCGUUUUAAAAGCACUAUUUUUGUGGGUUUUUGUCUUUUCCGUCGAUGGCUUUUUGAUAACGACAAUGCUGCUUUUUGUAUUUUGGGUUGGAAGGGGGAUCGUCCAUUAUUUCAUGCAACAAGCCCCGGUGUUCUUUUGAUUUCAUUUGAGUCGUUAAAUCCCACCAACUUUUUUUUUUGUAUUAAGAGUUAUUUUUCUAUUUUGUGUUCUUGUGGUCAACUCGAUUGUAAGCUUUUAAAUGUCACGGUUUGGUUUGUUCGAUGCAUAGAUGACGAUAAGGGAGGCGACUGAACGUGUUUCAUCAUUCCAGUUUUUCAAGAGGGGAGAAAGCAAAAUCAGGGGAUCAUUAGCCCCUCCUCCCCUCCUUUUUUUUUCUUCUUUAUUUGAGAAACAAACAAAAGAAUCUCUCCAGAUGGCUUUGAAGCCAACAAAACCACAAGUAUUUUGGGUGCCUUCCUUUGGGGAAUUUUAUGACUUCUCUUCUGUGAAGAGUCCGGCACAAAGGCAGCAUUACUUAGUAGUGCUUGUGCGCUUUGUGGAGGGGUGGGGGGGUUCUUGAACACCGGCUCAGCUGGCGGGAUGUCCUUGGGGUUUACUUGUCCCACCUGGAAGCUGAAAAAAAAUGUAAAAAAAAUAAUAAAAGAGAAAAUGUGACAGAAUUCCCACUAAAAUAAGACAAUAAAGCCCAGGGCAUUAAAUGUGA